CGCCAACAAAUUUUAAAAGUCUAUUAUUGCGUGCAGAGGUGUUACGUAAAAUGAAUCAUUAUCAGAGUUCAUUGGCAGAUGUGGAUAAUGCGCUUAAAGCACGCUAUACCUCGGCUAAGGCUCAUUAUAUGCGCGCUUUGGCUUUAAAUAAUUUAAGCCGUUUCGAAGAAGCCUUAUAUGAAACUUGCCUGGCCAUUAGUUUGGAUAAAAUGCAAAAUCUCAGCAGCACCGAACUAUUUCAACAUGAUCUCACUAAAAUUUUACAAAAGUUACUUUCCCAAACUCCGAAAUGUAUUAAAUUAGAUCUGACGCAAUUGCGUCAAAAGGCUCCGUACAGUGUAUUGACCGAACAACGUUUAAGACGUAAGAAAAUUGCUUUGCUGAGCAGCGCAAUAGACGAGGAUGAAUCGAUGCCAUCUUAUGAAGAGGAUGAAGAGGAUUUUUUGUCAGCGUCAUAUGCCAAAGAAUGUGAUAUCUUGGCCGAAGAUGAGGACGUAUUGGCCUGUUCCGAUUUUUUAAAUUGCGCUGAAAAGCGUAGCACUUAUGCCAGCAUAGCUAAAAAAUAUGAGCUCGAAUUGCGUAAGCAAACCUCACGUAAACAUUUUCGACGGAAAUGGAUGAGCGCAGAAUCAGAAUUAUUACCCAGCCUUGAGAUAGAAAGCGGUCGUUGUAGCAGCCAGUUCCGUAAUGUUUUGGAAAGAACACAGCAAGAAAUUGUUAGACUGAAAAAAAUGGAUUCUAUACUGGAUACUGAUUGUAAGCAGUUAAUAGCGGUACCCCCUUCGUUGAUAGAUCCGAGUGAUUUUGAUUGCGUUUUGUGUUGUCGUACCUUUUGGAAACCUGUCGUUACACCAUGUGGUCACACUUAUUGUUUAGUGUGCUUAGAUCGUUGCAUGGACUAUACCGCAUCGUGUCCCUUAUGUAUGUCUGCUUUGGUGGAACCUAGUGUUAAUGUAUAUCAAGGCUCCUCCACACCUGUGCCUUUGAUUUUAACUAAGCGGCCGGUUACAAAAUUUCUAGAGGCCGCCAUGAAACGUUUCAUCCCCGAGAGUUAUGCAAAACGUUUUCGUCAGGAAAUGGUCAUGGAACCGUCGGUGCCCAUUUUCAUAUGCACGACCGCUUUCCCAUAUGUGCCAUGUCCGUUAUUUGUUUACGAACCCCGUUAUCGUUUAAUGGUACGGAGAGCUGUGGAGUCGGGCGACAAACAGUUCGGUAUCGUGCAACCGCAUAGCGGUAAAUCUCGAUACUAUGAUUAUGGAACAAUUUUGGAUAUAAGAGACUGUGUUUUGCUAGGUGACGGUUGUUCCAUAUUGAGUACAAUUGGAUGUAAACGUUUUAAAAUCCUAGCGCGCAACGAAAAAGAUGGCUACGAAACAGCCAAAGUUGAGUAUAUAUGUGACGAACCGAUACCGGACGAAAGCUUAACCUAUGUUAGCAAUAUGCAUAGCAUUGUCUUGGCCAAAGCUAUUGAAUGGUAUGAGAGUUUGGGUGAAGAUCUCAAACAUGAAAUUCUGCAAAGUUACGGAGAAAUGCCGACUGUCGAGGAGAAUUGGGAAACGGUAACUGACGGACCGGCUUGGGCAUGGUGGAUUAUUGCUUUGCUUCCACUUAGACCGCAAUUGAAGGUUGAUAUUUUAGCAACAACUUCUUUAGAAAAACGUUUAAGAGCUAUUGAAAAAACCAUAAAUUCCAUGCCAGGUAAUUAUCGUUAUCAGCGUGUCGCACAGGAUUGUAACGUUGCUGUGGUGGUACAUUCUCACCAACAACAUGAACAUCAUUCCCAUCAUUUGCCAGAAGAAGAUGACGAUCACGAGCAACAGCCGAUGGAUUUACAUCAGAAUUUACCAACAGAUGACACAGACGUUCGUUUACAACCGCAGACACAGCAUACGCAUCACAUAGCGCAGCAUCAUCAUCAUCAUCAUCAUCACCAUCAUCAUCACCAUCAUCGUCAUCAUGAAGAGUGCGAUAAUGCAACGGCAACAGUCGAUGAAUGCUGUGCGCGUACAACAGUAACGCUGAGACCAGACGAUGCAAAUGAUCAUCAUACGGCAAAUAACAGAAAUGAACAUACAGCACAUACGCCUCACUCAUUAAUGCUAUAGUUAACAGAAAUGCAGAGAAACAUACUUACAUAUAUACAAACACACAUACACCGACAUCUUCAUAACUCUUUCUUUUCUCUCUUACAAACUUUUUCGUUUAUCGUUUACUUUCUCUUUAACGCUAUUGCUCUGUAUUUGAGCGCAUAGCCAUUGGUAUUAUAUUAUGCAUUGAAAACAAAAACAACAAACAAGGACUGUUUUAUUUAUGUUUACAUUUACAUUGCUGUUGUUGUUUCAACCAUAGAUGUGUGUGUAGACAUUAUAUAGCUGUGUACGUGUAACGUUAGAGUUAAUAUGAUAGAACCGCUAAUUGAAGCUGCGUGUUAUGCGUGAGAGUGCGUGCGCGCCUGCGUGCGGGCGUCUGUGUGUGUGUAUGUCUGUAUGAAUGCGAAUUUACAUAUAUUUUAGGAAGAUGGGAAAGGGGUGAAUGGGAUCGCAAGGGGGCAUGGCUGGGAAGGGUAUUUGUUUGAUUAUUUAAAUAUAUUUAAUAUAAACGGUAAUAACAUGCACCCUUAUCUGCUGCGAAUGAAUUACAUGUAUUUAGAAUUUCGCAAACACUAAUAAUCAAAUUGUCAAACUUUUACAUCGGGAAACAAAUGUAGGAAUAGAGGAAAAAAUUUAAAGCUUUAAUUUAAUAAUUAAUUAUAUAUAAAAAUUUAAUUUUAAUUAAUAUUCCCUCUAA